GCGCAUUGUUGUACAGUCGUCUCUAUACCCCUCUAAAAAACGAAGGAGAGUUUAUCGUGGCUCAACGACGGGGCUCGAGGAGCCGCCUCGGGAUAAUCGUGUGGUGCGCGCUGCGUUCACGCGCUGCGCGUACCGAUCAUCUCCCGGUGGUUGAAUUUAUAAUAAACGACAGUACAGUGAGAAAAAAGCGCAGGCGACGCAGACAGAAGAAGAGUUGAGAGGAGUUGUAAACAAUAGUGGGAGUUAACGGUAUUGGAGAGCGGGAUUAAAGUGCAAAGGUGUGGGUGUUUGUUUGAGUGUUCGUUUAAAAUAGAAAAAUUAAAUUCAGUUGCGGUUGGGAUUAAUAAGUGUGGAAGUGUGGAUACCUUGGACUGUAACCCGCCACCGGCGCUGCCCCCGCGGCGCCCACCCUGGCCGCCAAACAGUGAACUCAGUACAGCGACACUAAGGUGCAUCGGGGUAGCUGCCGGCACGGCUUGUGGUAGUUCAAGUUCAAGUUGUUGCAGUGCUUCCACGGAAUCAAUUGGGGGAGGUAGACGGGAUUGGGGUAAUGAGGGGUGGGAUAAUCAAGGAGUGAGGUGUCAGCGGAAACAGCCGCCCACGACGUCGAUCGGGCCACCACUGUAUCCAGCACCACCAAGGCCACCUAGUAGAAACGGUGGGGAUGAAGUGCGUGCGCGGGCGGGUAGCGGCCGGGAGACAAAUGGACCCCCGCGUGUCCUCCAAUCCCCGCGGGCCGGUUGGGCAGUGCGUGCAGGCCCCUCAUCAUCAACCCCAUCGCCAACAACCUCCCACAACCCCCAAUGGAGCGACCGCCUACCCGUAUCACCCCUGCCAUCCCCGCGAAAUCCCCCGCCACCGUCGAUCCCUGGUAACCAAAGCCAGACUGCGCUCCCACCACCAGACAAUUCACAACCCCCAAAUCGCCAGGUUGUGUCGAGCCCCCGAUGGCCGGAGCGUCUAGAACUCCGUGGAGUAUCGCCCCUGAUGUCAACAAAUGGACAAAAUUCGCCGUCACGGCCGGCCUCGUCGGCCUCAAGCGGCUCAUCCACUAGUAAUUUACCCCGUGUCCACGGCCACGACCACACAAGACCAUUGCCACCGCCAAGAUUGGAGCAAAUGCCGGCUGUCUCAACGAUAGCAGUACCCUUAACAUCACCCCUGCCGCCCUUAUCAGCGUCCAGCAGUUUCAGAUCGCGCUUGCCCCUGACCAACUCCCUGAGCGAUUCGCUCUCGUCGCCACGCGGGAGCGAGAGAAGCCAAGUUGGCGAGGUCACCCUGACAGUGCCUCGUCCCGACGGUGAGCGGGCUGUCAACGAAUACGUGGAGACCCCAUUCCGCCAGGCGCACACCACAAAUCCAAGUCAAAAGUGCAUGAAGACAGAGAGAAGACAUCAUCACUUGGCGCAUCAUCACAAGAGCGACUCGCGUCUUCCCCGAAGACAUCAGCAAACUCUCCUGCAAUCGUCGCCAAGUGCACCUGUCACCAAACAACCGGUGUCAUUCACAAAGGAGCCAGCCAACACCAUUGGCACUGGUAGCAUUGGCCCUCGCUCUAACGACCCUAGUCUAUCCAUAAUGUGCGACUACUGCGGCAAAUGCAGGUGUGAAUCCUGUCGUGAGCCACCACCUCUGCCCAGCCGUUGGCUGUGCGAUAAUACCUGUUUCUGUUCAGCUGAGACAGCUCUCGAUUAUGCGUCGUGCUUGUGCUGCGUUAAGGGCCUCUUCUAUCAUUGUGGUGAUACUGGUAGUGGUGGAGACUCAGAGGCCGGUGGUAGCUGUGCCGACGAGCCGUGCUCGUGCUCUGGCUCGAGAAAGGGCGCAAGGUGGGCGUGUUUGGCAGCGUUAACAAUGGUAUUACCAUGUCUAUUGUGCUACUGGCCACUCAAGGGAUGUGUCACUAUUUGCGAGGCCUGCUAUGCCAGGCAUGCUGCACAGGGCUGCAGGUGUGAUCCCAAUGCCAGGCACAAUGAUAACGAAAUUGUUGUCACGAGGGACUCCAGGGAUCCGGAGAAGAGACUGCUCGAUCCUGUUACGCCGGAAUUGUGAGAUUUUUACCAUUUGUUGUUUUUUUUAAGAACGCUAAUCUGUGAGGUUACGAGUUUUAACAGGAAUGUACCAAAGUGAGGAGUUUAUGGGAGUGGAUUUUUAAGUUGUGUGUAGCUCUGAUGGAACGAUCGGUUGGGAGUUACAAGUGCGCAAUUAGUACAAGAGUUGCAUUUAAGGGGCGAUUUCAGAGGGACUGUUUAUUUUUCGAUGCCCAAGUGUCUUUUCCCCCCUUUUUUUGUAUUUAUUGUUUUCUCCGAGGGACUACGGGCGGAAGGGGAUGUGUGAGAGGGAUAUUUCUUUUUUUUUCUUUCGUGGGGGUUGCGGUGUGAAAAAAAAGAUAAUAUGACGGUCACACGUAUGCAGAUGAUUAAACAACAGAGACAUGUACACGACACUUACAGCGUAGAUAGCGGUAUAUAUUAUAAAUAUAUAAAUAACUAUAUGCAAGGAUUAAGAAAACACGAAAAACAAGAAAUUAAAUAUAUAUUGUAUAUUACAUUUGUAUAAAGAAAACAUGAAAAACAAAAACUUUUCUACAGUUUAAUUUAUUCGUGGGCGUCGUCGAUUUGAUGUGAGACCGCGGCAGGCUCCAGGUAGAGACGAAUAUCGGUGGUUUUUUUGGUAGAUUGAGCAGUUCGGAAAUGAUGAUUUGAAAUGGGAAAUUGAAUUUCAGGGGCGAAGCGGUGAAACGGUUUUAGAAAUUCAGUGGUGAAGUGGUCAAAGGGUUUAAGGCAAUUCCAUUCUGGCGCCAGGUCUCGAUGAAUAUCGCGAAUUCUGAAGGAGUUGGGGAAAUUUUCCUAAAAAUCUUUUUUGUAGAGAAAAGUCUUCGAUUUCACUGUCGAGAAAGAUCUUACAAAAAUCAACUGGGGGCUAAAUCGACUUGAACCUUGAAAUUGACUACUUCACUACUGAAUUUUUGGAAUGCUGUAGAAACGGUCCUGUCAAGAAUGUCGCCAUCUCCCUUAGAUUUUGAGAUAUUCACUGAAAACUGGCGAUUACACUGAUGGAGAAAAUGAUUUUU